CUUCCCCCCCGCCUUCAUAUAUCUCCACCUGACCGGCGACUGCUAAACCCUAGCUCGUUCCCCUUCUCGUCCUAAACCUUUCGCCCCCAUCUCCGGGCAACAUCUAAGCAGCGGCGGCGGCGGCGGCGGGAGGUGAUCAUGGCGGAGCUGAAGCGGCUGUCGGAGAGCCGCGACCUAACCCGCAUCGAGCGCAUAGGCGCGCACUCCCACAUCCGUGGGCUGGGGCUGGACUCCUCCAUCGAGGCCCGCGAUGCCUCGGAGGGGAUGGUCGGCCAGCUCCCCGCGCGCCGUGCCGCUGGACUCAUCCUCCAGCUCAUCCGCCAGGGGAAGAUCGCCGGCCGCGCCGUCCUCCUCGCCGGGCAGCCAGGGACCGGCAAGACCGCCCUCGCCAUGGGCAUCGCCAAGUCGCUCGGCGCUGAGACGCCAUUCGCCUCCGUCGCUGCCUCCGAGCUCUUCUCCCUCGACCUCUCCAAGACCGAGGCUCUCACCCAGGCGUUCCGCCGCGCCAUUGGCGUUCGCAUCAAGGAGGAAGCGGAGAUCAUUGAGGGCGAGGUCGUUGAGAUCUCAAUCGACCGCCCUGUCUCCGCCAGUAGCAGCUCGGGCAUACCUUCAGGUGCUGCCGCGGCCGGGAAGACUGGGAGGCUCACGCUGAAGACCACGGACAUGGAGACGGUGUAUGAGCUGGGUGGGAAGAUGAUUGAGGCCCUGGGGAAGGAGAAGGUACAGAGCGGGGAUGUGAUUGCGCUCGACAAGGCCUCUGGGAAGGUUACUAAGCUUGGCCGCUCCAUCGGGAGGUCACGGGAUUAUGAUGCCGUUGGUUCGCACACCAAGUUUGUCAAGUGCCCCGAAGGAGAGCUCCAGAAGCGCAAGGAGGUUAUGCACUGCGUUACCUUACAUGAGAUUGAUGUCAUCAAUAGCAGGACACAAGGCUUCCUUGCACUCUUCACUGGUGACACUGGUGAGAUUCGUGCAGAGGUUAGGGAGCAGAUUGACACAAAAGUUGCCGAGUGGAGAGAGGAAGGGAAGGCUGAGAUUGUUCCUGGUGUUCUGUUUAUCGAUGAAGUCCACAUGCUAGACAUCGAGUGUUUCUCCUUCCUGAACCGUGCUUUGGAGAAUGACAUGGCUCCGAUCCUCGUUAUUGCGACGAAUCGAGGCAUUACAACCAUACGCGGGACCAAUUACCGGUCACCACAUGGUAUACCGACCGAUUUCCUCGACCGCCUCUUGAUCAUCACGACACAGCCAUACUCGGCGGAGGAGAUCCGGAAGAUCUUAGACAUCAGGUGCGAGGAAGAAGACGUUGAAAUGUCUGCCGAGGGCAAGGAUCUGCUCACGAAGAUUGGUACCGAGACCUCGCUCAGGUACGCGAUCCAGCUUAUCACUUCUGCCGGCCUGGCCUGCCAGAAGCGCAAGGGCAAGGUGGUGGAGAUGGAGGACAUAAGCCGGGUGUACCACCUGUUUCUGGACGUGAAGAGAUCGACACAGUUCUUGAUCGACAGCCAGAGUGACUACAUGUUCAGUGAAGUGCAAGGGGAUUCAGAUGGGGAUGACGCCAUGCAGCCCUAGACGGGAAUUUUUGCAAUGUAACUGUGGGUUGGUUUGUAUGGCUCGUGUAUCUUGUGGAUUCUGCUUGCUCGUUUAGAUUAGUGUUAAGCGUGAGAUGAUUUUACCUGAAGGCACGGUUGAUGGGUGCUGUGAGCUAUGUUAACGGCUGUAACCGGUGACUUCACAGUUGAGUGUAUCCUGAGGAAUCUUCCGUCUCAGGCUUGUCCGUUCAGUUCUUUUCCAUUUUU